GUUGAGCCUCAGCUCGGUCUCUCCCCCGUUGGCUGGAUAGUACACGUCAGCAGUCAAUAAGUUGAACUCAAAAUGUGACAUAGUCCAAUCAUCCUCUUCCUGGUGUGAGCAUGUAAAGACACAACACCUACUUUAAGGUGGUGAAAACAUGCAGCGGAAGCGACAGUUCUGCUAAUGUCACGGUUUGGAUGAGGAAAGAAGACGAGGGGAGAAAAAGCUGUCACAAAACGUUUGACAUUUAGUCCACGACACGUGACGGGACGUCUUACUAUGAACACCAGGAGUGGAGGAGUUUUACCACAGAGCAAAGUUGGAGCACAAUGAAGAGUCGAAGGUGAAUGAAAGCUGCUGUUGUCAAAAGUCUGUCGGGGAAAAUGAGGUUUCGGCUGCUCAAAAAGAAUCUGCUCGUCUUCCUGGGUGCUUCCGUUUUACUUUUCGGUCUCCUGUAUUCGGUACGUGUAUUUCUACUCUCCCCCAGUGAGACCAGUGGACCCACUCAUGAUGUUCAGACAAAUCCAGAGGUGCAUCCAGGUGAAAAGGUGAAGUUUAACUAUGGGUCUCUGCCAGAGUUGACUCAGUCCGUGUACACUGCCAAUUACAAGCAGAUUGUUUACAAUGCUGAUAAGUUUCCAGGAGAGCCUGAGCUGGUGCUGGUGGUGCAGGUACACAACAGGCCUGAAUACCUCCGCCUGCUCAUCAGGUCACUAGAGAGAGCCGCUGAGGUCCACAGCUUCCUCGUUAUCUUUAGCCACGACUAUAUUACAGAGGAAAUAAACGCCAUUGUGCAAGGGAUCACGUUCUGCAAAGUGCUGCAGAUUUAUUUCCCUUUCAGCACUCAGCUGUAUCCCAAUGAAUUUCCCGGGCAGGAUCCACGAGACUGCCCUCGAGACAUAUCCAAGGACGGUGCUCUCAAAAUGGGAUGUCUCAACGCAGAACAUCCUGAUUCCUACGGACACUAUCGGGAGGCUUUUAUCACUCAAACCAAACACCACUGGUGGUGGAAGCUGCACUUUGUGUGGGAGCGAGCGCAGGCAAUGCAGGGAUACAAUGGCUUUGUAAUUUUUCUAGAGGAGGACAACUACAUCCUUCCUGACCUGUUCAGCUUGUAUAAAAAACUGGCAGCAUUCAGGAAGAACAGCUGUCCUGACUGUGACAUGUUAGCUUUGGGGAACCACAACAGCCUCGAUGAUUUUACCAGACUGUCCAGUAAGGUUAUGACAACUGGGUGGAUGUCCACAAAGCACAACAUCGGCAUGGGCAUAUCCAAGGAGGUUUACUACAAACUAAUGGGCUGUACCAAUGAAUACUGCACUUAUGAUGACUACAACUGGGAUUGGACUCUGCAGCACCUCUCGGGAAUGUGUAUUGCAAAACCUCUGAAAGUGCUUGUGGCACAGGGCUCCAGGGUCCUCCACACGGGAGACUGUGGCCUUCACCAGAAGGAAAAGUGCAAGCCAGAAUGGGCGUCUCAGAAGGUGGAGGAGAUCCUUCAAAUGGCCAAACAUGGCCUCUUUCCUCCAUCUCUUGUUCUUGAUAGUGAAGAAGCAGUGGAGCACAAAGCACAUAUGAAGAACGGAGGAUGGGGAGACGUUCGGGACCAUAGUCUGUGCAAUAAUUAUGCCAAACGUCUUUGAACUCUUUAAGAAAUAUGGGUAAAAUUUGAUGUGCCAUUCUUUUACAACUUAUCAGGGGUUCAGAAGCUUUAGUUACUUCAUUGUAAUCUUCUCUGCCAUUGCGGUCUUCCAAGGAACAGGACCAAAUCAGUGCAAGCAUGGUGCAUAAGCACGGCUAGACUUCACUUUGUUUUAAGACUUUUUUACUCAGCAAAGCUGCAGUUUCCAAAGAUUUUGUUGCAGUGUGUUUAAGCUUUGCAAUGCUCAUCACAAGUCAAAAGACUCAUCAGUGCCUUAAAAACUAAAAAUAUUAAAUUAGAUGUGUCAAAUGGUGAAGGGAAUUAAAGUUAAUCAUAUCAGAGUAGGUAAAUGGACACAAAGAGAUUUGCAAAUGUAUGUGUAAAAAGAUUUCCUCAGUGAGAAUGCUGCAUAGAUGCAUUAUUAUUAUUGAGUUCAACAAUAUUUGUAAUUAAUGUGUUUCAUUUAGGGAUGCAUGCUAUUGGCAUGAUGCUUUUACUGGUAAAAUGUAUCUUUAUUGGCAGAUAUGAAUAGUUCUACAAAUAUUUAUGACCAAUAUAUUUUCUGGAAAUUACAGACUGUAUCAGCUGUAGUUAAUUUCUGUAUGUACGGUUAAGUUUGUGGAGGUUCAGGCAGGAUCUACAGGCCUGUAUUAACUGAAGCUUUUUCCUUUGUUCAUCCUGAUCCCUUCAACUUUAAGAAUUGAAUUUUUAAGCCUGAACAACAUUCAUAUAUCAGUAUUGAUAUCCUUUUUUUUUUUGGCUGAAAUUACAACUACAUCAAAAGAUCUGAUACUGUGCAUCCCUAUUCAUUUCAAGUCACCAUACUUUUCAGAAACUUACAAACCAAAAACAGGAUUGUUUUUUUUUACUCCAAGACUUAUCAGUGGCUUACAAAUACAGUAAAGUAAAGUUAUUACAAGUAGGGCUGGGAGAUAAAUCGCAAAUUAGAUUAAAUCGCAAUAUGACCUGCUGCAAUUUUCAAAUCGCUAAAGGUGCAAUGACCUGAAAUUGUGUCAGAAUACCUGUUUUAAACUUAUUUUUUUGCAGCAGAGAUGUUAUGCUUGACAUACGCAAUCAGUCAGGUGCCAUUGCAUUAGAAUUGUCUACAAAAAAAUGUUUGUACUUUUUUUACUAAAUAUAAGAAUGACAAAAACCCUUCAAUGCAACAAUUCAAAUCUAAUUUGCAAUACGAGUCAAAAUCAUCAGAAUUUGACACUUUUAGAGAAUUG